AUGAAGACUUUGUACCAGCUUGCCUUAGAAGCAGUGCCCAACCCUGGACUUAUGGCCGAGACCUUCCUUGUCCCUCACCAUCCAGCUGCCAGAGAUUUACAGGCGUUGCAAUAUACCCAAGACAGAAACAGAUAUAGAGAAGAACAUCGCGUCCUUUUCAGGUUUGUCUACGCAGAUUUGUAUUUUAUCGAAACCAUGUUUUCAAACACAACCAUAUAUCCAAGUGAUGUUGCGUUUUUAAAUCGAAUGUGGAAACAAAUUGACGAUUUACUUUAGUGAAUGUUGUGUUUUAGACCGAUUCUGGAAUCUCUAUUUUGGAUUAAAGACUGCACUUGGUUAAGUGUGAAGACCAAAUGUUAUAUGAUUAAACUGUAAACGUGUUUUUAAACGUGCUUGUUGAUUGUUUUAUUUUAGAAAUACUAUAAACGCCUUAAAACUUCGAAGAUGGAACACAUAUUGUCACAAAACGGAGUAG